AGCAGCAUAAUUGGAAAGCUCCAGACUGAUCUGUAGAGAGAGAAAGAGACGGUGUGAGCAUUUUAAUCAAUGGUCGUCGAGUGCUGUAACGAGAGAGAGAGAAAGAGGUAGAGAGAUGAGGAACACCAUCCGGUGCUGCAUCUCCUGCAUCCUCCCCUGCGGCUCCCUGGAUGUAAUCCGAGUCGUUCAUCUCAAUGGCCGGGUCGAGGAGUUCACCACAUCAGUGAAAGCCGGCGACGUCAUGAGGGCUAAUCCCAAGCACGUUCUCCGUCGCCGGACGUCCGACGACGGCGUCGUCCACCGCAUCGUCGUCCUCCCCGCCGACGCCGAGCUGCAGCGCGGCAAGAUCUACUUCCUAGUGCCCGUCAGAACUUCCAGCCCCCCAGAACCAAAGUCCUGCUCCGCCUCCCACCACCAGCACCACCACCACCACAGGAAGAAGAAUCAAGAAUUCUCGACCGUGUCGUCCAAACCCAAUCCCUCCAAAUCCCAGCAGCUCGUCUCCGAUCGAUAUCUGUCCGAUAUCUUAUCGGAGAACGCCGGCAUGUCUGGGGAUCAGCGCCGAGGACGCGUCGGUGUCUGGCGGCCUCGUUUAGCGAGCAUAUCCGAGUUGCCUUCGGAUUCGUAAUGUCGAUCGAUAUGAGAGUACGUAUCUGGGUUUCAAGAGUUCAAGAAAAGCGCCGGGAUUCCACCUUCGUGGAGAGGAGACAUAUGUUCAGGCUUCUAAGAUUGCCGGAAACCGAUGAUGCCCAUCUCCAAUAUCGUUUUUCUCGAUCUGGCAUUGGUAAGGUUGGGGUUGGCUUCCUUUUGUACAGAAGCAGUAAAUAUCUUAUUCUUUGUGUUACCAAAAGAAUCCGUGUACCGGAUUCCGGCACUCCGUCCGCCGGAAUUUGUUGUCGUUUUCUUGUGGCGUGAAAAUUAAGAGACCGGGAAAAGAGUUUCAGUUGGAGGCAGCAGAAUGUCUGAUGUUAACUGACAUAAAUUUUC